GGGCGAUCUACAAAACGCAAGCCAAACAGCUGCCAACUUUCGAUGCAGCUCUUGAGCAUCUGCAAGACGACCAAGUGCAGCAGCUGUCUGACAUGCAUGUGCAAAUUAUGCAAGAGAACCAGCGACAGGCCGAGGUUCGGUGUCUACAGCUCGUUGCGGAGGGGUUUCGCUUCGAUGGAGAAGUUGCUUGCCGGGCCUUCGAUUACGAGGCACUGAGCUGUGCUGGCCCGUGCGAGGAAGUGGCAUACAUCGCCGAUUUUUCUGCGGAAGAGAAAGAGGACUUUGAGGAAGUUUGCAAGGUUUGUUUCUGCAAGCUUGCACGUGGGAAUGGACAAGCGGGAGUGGCGCAGAACGCGCCCCUUGCUGCUUCUGCGAUGACGCCUGUUUCAGCGGAACCGCGACCAGGGGACGUGGGCAAAGGUAGCGACAACGGCCCGAUCCCAGAGGUGAAAGCUUGA